UUCUGCAAAUUAGGGUUUCCACUCUUCAUUUUGUUCUCGCAUUCCACAAAGCACAAUGAAGAAGAACGAGGGAGUCAACGCAAGAAUGAGAAAGAGGAAGAACUAUUCCGGCAAUGUGAAAUCCGAUAAAAGUUAUUACAACCCUGCUCUCAUAAAGAAGCAAAAGGAAUUCUAUAAGAAUGCGAAGAAUAUAAAGAAGUUUAAGAAGAUGUUAAAGCAGCAAAAGGAGCAAACCGAUCCUUCCUCGGCACAGAAACUGAUCAUUGAGAGCGAUGGUGCUGUGAUGAAAGAGGAUAAGGGCGAGAGUGAGAAGAGGAAGAAUUGUUUGGAAGAAUUGUACAGAAAGAAGCAUGAAGAGAAAGAGAGAGAAAGAAUGGAAAGAGAGGCAAUAUUGAUGGCUAAGAAGGAAGAGAGAGAAGAGGCCCAAGCCAGAAGAAAAGCUCUGCGUGACAAAAUGCUUAAGAAAACCAGAAAAGGGCAACCUCUUAUGAAAUACAGAAUUCAGCAUCUUUUGGAUACUAUUCAAGUCUCAUAUCAAAUUCAACCAUCCAAAUCCCCUUGAUCAAAUUAUAUAACAAUUCCAAUAGUUGUUGAUUUUGCAAUUUUGUACUCAAGUUAACUAUCUUUGUUGAUGCCAUAAAAUAUUAUGAGUUAUUAAAAGUUGAUUAAGACAAAUUUUAUUGGUAA